AUGUAUUUGAAAACUUCGAAUUGCCGUCUCGAACUGUGUGAACACAAUUCAAGAUCGAAAUCCGGUUCACUUCGCGAGUUUAUCACUGAUUACGACAAUAUUAUCGGUGGUCAAAGUCAAGCGCAAACGCAAAAACCCCCACAGCAACGAAAAGAAAAAUUUGAGCGAAACGUUGAGUCUGCCUAUCGAAGCGAGCAAGCUUUGGAAGUGGCAAGAACCCGAUUUGGUGGUUCAUCCGAUCCAGUUUAUUGGUCUAGGUCAGUUGUUCCUCAUUCGUCAAACUCAACUCUCAUGGUUAUUUCAUUCACUGAAUAA